GAAAAAUAGCAAAAAUGUAUUGAAUAUUAAGUCUUUUUCAUCAAUAUUGUUCAUGUAUAAAAUAAGAAUAAUUUCAAUUAAUUGUUAAAAUAUGACUCGAUAUACAAGAGCUAAAGGUUCAAAAGCUUCAAAUGAAAAAAUACCUAAUGAAGCUACUCCAUGGCAUGUAAUGAAACAGCAAUUAAUUGAAAAUUUAUCUAAAAAGCAAGAAUUUUCUGAAAAAACAAAAUCUGUUAAAGAAUUAUUAGAAAAUAAGCAAAAUAAAUUUACAACUAAUAAUAUUGAAAGUGUUAAUAAUUCCUGGGCAGAAUUUCCAGAUAACUCUGAAAGAGAAAAAGAUUUAAUGAUAAAUAAGAUCAAAAAAAACCAAAAGAUACAAUUAAAUAAAGCAGAAAUAGAAAAUGAUACAAAAAUUAAUAAAUCAAAUAUAUCAUUUGAUAAAUUAAAUAAAAAAAGAAAAAAGAAUGUACAAGAUAUCUCAAAAAUUGAAAAAAAUAAAAAUGAUGUAACAAUCAAUACAAAUGAAUCACAAAAUGAGAAAGUUAUACCUUUUAAACGUCAAAAAUAUAAUAAAGAAAAAAGUUUGAAUGAAAAUUUAUUUAAUAUUACAGAAAAUAAUAAUGAUAAUUUUGCAUUAAAGAAUACAAACAAUAACAAGAAUAUAAAUGUAAAAAUUAAUCAAACAAGGUUUAAUAAAAAUUCUAUCACUAAAUCACAAAAGUAUAAAGAUAUUCCAAAUAAAUUUGGUAUGAAAAAAUUUGAUAAUCAAAAAAAGAAAAAAAAACUACCAAAAAUUCGAGAUGAUAAAGAACACAAAAGAAGAAAACCAGAUUUAGGAUCUUCAAAAAUAAUCAUCAAUGGUAUAGAAAUAGAAAUUGUAAAAUUUAAUGGAUUUCCAAUAAAAAAAGAAGAUGCAGAUAGAUUAAAUGAUUUAAAACAGAAAAUGAUUAUGAAAGGCAUUCCACAAAAAGAAAUAGAUACAACAAUGAAAUUAGAAAGGAGAAAAGCUGAAAAAGUAUUAGCUAGAAUUAAGAAAUCUGUUUGUUUCCAUUGUCGUAAAGCUGGACAUAAUUUAUCUGAUUGCCCUGAGCUUGGAUCAGAACAAGCAGGAACAGGAAUCUGUUAUAAAUGUGGAUCAACAGAACAUACACAUUUUGAAUGUAAAGUAACUAAGCCAACAGAAUAUAGAUAUGCAACUUGUUUUAUUUGCCGUGAACAAGGGCAUAUUGCUAAACAAUGUCCUGAUAAUCCUAAAGGAAUCUAUCCUCAGGGAGGUGCUUGUAAAAUUUGUGGGGAUGUUACACAUUUAAAAAAAGAUUGUCCAGAUUUAAUUAAAGAAAAGGAAGAAAAUAUAAUUACAGUAAAUACAAUUACAAAUGAUAAUGUAGAAUCUUUAGAAGAAAAAAAUAUUAUAGACAAAAAAGAUGAUAAAAAAACUAAAAAAAUAGUGAAAUUUUAAUAAAUUAUUUUAAUAUAGAUAAAUAUAUGUAUUUUUAUAUAAGAAUAAAUUUUUUAUGUGUAAUUCAAUGAAUUAUCAAUUUGCAAUGUAAACAUAAGAUUUAUUGAAAGUUAUAUAUGUUUGACAUGUAUAUACAUAC